UUGUCUUUUCGUUUUUCCUACGUAGACUUUCCCACAUGAACAGGUGAUGAGAGAGAUUACUCCCUUUUGUCUUGCAUGAGCUGAUACCCCCUCCCAGGGACUUUUCGACCCGUAUGUUUUUGUAGUGCUGUUGCACUGUGCGCAUGCGCCAUAUUUGUAUGUCCCGUUUGGAAUGGGUGUCAAGAGUGUUUGAGUGGGCUCAGGUCAGAUCUCACUAAACUAUCCCCAAUAUUGCGACCACGCUUACAGACCACAAUAUACGGUAUUAUUGUUCACUCUGAUUGGUCGAGGACCUACAACACCGCCUUUGUCGUACCCUGAUUGGCUUGAUGAAUGCACAGGAAUGCUGCCAUUGGUCUCAACACCUCUACGGUUUUCCCACUGUUUUGUGGCAUUUGCUAAGGAGCUCCGUUGAACUAACGAAGCUAACGUUAGCUAGACAACAACACUAGACUAGGAUAAAGACUUGGAGCUGAAAUGGCAUCAGACUCCCCGCGCAGACCAAGCCGCUGUGCUGGAGGGGUUGUGGUACGAGCACAAGCUGCCACUGAGCAGUCGUAUAUGGAGAGUGUUGUGACCUUCCUCCAAGAUGUGGUCCCUCAGGCAUACACAGGUGCACCCCCAACUGAUGAAAAAGAGAAAAUAGUUUGGGUCAGAUUUGAGAAAGCUGACCUCAAUGAUACGUCCCGCUCCCCAGAGUUCCUGGAGAUGCACAGUGGCAGCAGUGACCCUCCUCUCUGCCUCAUGAUUGGUUACGCCGACGGGAUGCAAAUCUGGAGCAUAUCUCUGGGUGGGGAGGCCCAGGAGCUUUUCUCUGUGCGCCACGGACCUGUGAGAGCUGCCCACAUCCUGCCGGCGCCCCAUAUCAGUCCGCUGAUGAUUGAUGGUUUUGCGGACAAGAGGCCUCUCCUGGGGGUGUGCAAGAGCACUGGGUCCUUGGGGACGAGCCCUCCAUACUGCUGUGUGGACCUGUACUCACUGAGGACAGGGGAGAUGGUCAAGUCCAUCCAGUUCAAGACGCCCAUCUAUGACCUGCACUGCAACAAGGAGAUUCUAGUUGUCGCCCUGCAGGAGAAGAUUGCUGCAUUCGACAGCUGUACCUUCAACAAAAAGUUCUUUGUUACAAGCUGCUUUCCCUGUCCGGGCCCCAACCUAAACCCCAUAGCACUGGGAGGACGCUGGCUAGCCUACGCUGAGAACAAGUUGAUCCGGUGUCACCAGUCUCGAGGCGGUGCCUGCGGGGACAAUGCCCAGUCUUACACAGCUACAGUCAUCAGCGCUGCUAAAACCCUAAAGACUGGUCUCACCAUGGUGGGGAAGGUGGUGACCCAGCUAGCUGGUACUCUACCCACUGGCGCCCCCGACGAGGAGGGUGCUACCCCCCACAGCACCACCCGCCGAAGCCCCCAUGCCCCCGGAGUAAUCACCAUCAUUGACACACACAACGUCGGAGAGGGACAGGUCCUGGUGAGUGAGGACUCAGAUGGAGAGGGAGUGGUGGCCCACUUCCCAGCCCAUGACAAACCCAUAUCCUGCAUGGCAUUCAACCCCAGCGGUAUGCUGCUGGUGACUGCAGACACCCUGGGCCAUGACUUCCAUGUGUUCCAUGUCCUCACACACCCCUGGGCCUCCAACCAGUCUGCUGUCCACCACCUCUACACACUGCACCGCGGAGAGACUGAGGCCAAGGUCCAGGACAUCUGUUUCAGCCAGGACAGUCGCUGGGUGGUGAUCAGCACACUGCGUGGCACCUCCCACGUCUUUCCCAUCAACCCCUAUGGUGGCGCGCCCUGCGCCCGCACACACAUGUCCCCCCGCGUGGUCAACCGCAUGUCUCGCUUCCAGAAGAGUGCAGGGCUUGAGGAGAUAGAGAAUGAACUGAACAGCAAGCAGGCUGGAGGAGGGAGAUGCAGCCCCAUCCCCGGGCUCUCCAGCAGCCCCUCGGGGUCCCCACUACACGCUAAACUCACCAGUCAGGAGUCGUACAACAACUUCACCAACAACAACAUGGGUAACCCUCGUCUGUCCCCUCUGCCCAGCCUCACCAUAGUGCUGCCCCUGGCACAGAUCAAACAGCCCAUGACCCUGGGCACCAUGACCAAGCGCUCCGGACCUUACCUCUUUGGGGCAGGAUGUUUUGCCAUUAAAACUCCAUGCAAAGCCAAGCCUCCCCCCCAGAUCUCCCCCAGUAAGUCCAGUGGAGGAGAGUUCUGUGUGGCUGCUGUCUUUGCUGCCUCACGCUCCUGGUACAUGACCAACCCCAACAUGAAGAGAGAGAAAGACCAGUCCAGCCGGUCAGUGGUGGAGUCCCUCUACAUCCUCAGUUGCUAUGGCACCCUAGUGGAGCAUGUCCUGGAGCCUCGGCCAAUCAGCACAGCCCAGAAGAUCAGCGAUGACACACCCCUGGAGCUCAACACAUGUCCACGGGCCUGCUGGAGCCUGGCCAGGACUCCACUGUGGAAUGAGCUGCAGCCUCCCUUUCUCUCCAACCACCCUCUGGUGCUGGCCUCUGACCUGGUGCAAUAUUACCAAUACCUCCUGGCUGGAUUGGUGCCCCCUGGAAGCCCGGGUCCUGUCACGCGCCACGAGUCUUACGACAGCCUGACGUCAGACCACAGCGGACAGGAGGACGAGGAGUGGCUCUCACAGGUGGAGAUAGUCACUCACACAGGGCCUCACCGUCGGCUGUGGAUGGGUCCUCAGUUCCAGUUUAAGACCAUCCACCCAUCUGGUCAGACUACGGUCAUCUCCUCCUCCUCCUCCGUGCUGCAGUCCCAGGGCCCCAGCGACAUUCAACAGCCUCUGUUGGACUUCCACACUGAUGACCUGGACCUACACAGUCUCAGGAUCCAGCCGGUGCGUUCUGAGCCGGUCAGCAUGCCUGGUUCCUCUCGGCUGGUGGCUGAACGGAGGGGACACGGGACGGUCAUUGAUACAGGAUCAGGGGAACAGUCCUUGUCAUCAUCGUUAACACUGACAAGUCCACUCCGAGACGACCCUGGAGUAGACACCAUGCAAAGGACGUUUGACCGCAGUGUGACUCUGCUGGAGGUGUGUGGCAGCUGGCCAGAGAGCUUUGGCCUGCGUCACAUGAGCUCUGUGGAGUCCACCGAGGAGGGGCUGAGAGAGAGGCUGGCAGACGCCAUGUCAGAGUCACCAUCCAGAGACAUAGUGGGCUCGGCUACCGAGCUCCAGAGGGAGGGCAGCAUUGAGACUCUCAGCAACAGCUCUGGUUCCACCAGCGGCUCCAUCCCCCGUAACUUUGAGGGCUACCGCUCUCCACUGCCCACCAACGAGAGCCAGCCCCUCAGCCUCUUCCCCUCCGGAUUCCCCUAGAGGAGACCAGGAGACAGCCUGCCUAUCACCCUACAAGACCUGGGGUCAAAUACUAUUUUAAGUCUUUCAAAUGCUUUGAGUGUUUGCUUUAGUCUGCCUGGGGUGCCUGAUGGGAGGGGACUACAUUUUACAACUAUUCUAUUGGUUCUAGACAAGCUCAAUAAAGCCCAGAUAAAGUAUUUGAACCCAGGUCUGCUACCUACCAUCCAUCCUACCGCUUCACACAGCACAGCCAGACAGUCCUGAUGUCUUCCGGUCUCUCGCCAUGUUGAUGUUCAUUAGGAUGUUAUUGUGAGCAAUGGUUCCCUUUUCAUGUUCCCUCCUCUCUCUUUCCAAAUCCAGGAACUGUCCAGUGUUACUCCCACCUACCGAUGUGUGUGUGUGUGUGUGUGUGUGUGUGUGUGUGUGUGUGUGUGUGUGUGUCACAUGGCGUGUGUUUCAUUUUGGGUGUGUGAAAUAGCUGAAGUUUGUUAUUUAGCUAGACAUGUUUUUAUGGAGUUGAUUAACUACGUGUCACUUUGACUUUUUCACAAGCUUGUAAAUGGUGAUGGACCUAAUGUAGCUGUAGUUGUUUUACUUCUGAAGAUAACGACCUAGCUCAGCAUGCGCGCUGUAAUGUAUAUUAGCUUUGCUUAUUAAGACCAAAUCACUUCCAUGUAUGCUUUUCUCUUCAUUUGGUAACAUUGAGGGUUUUGGUGGGUAUCUUUUUAGUUUGUUGAGUCGAGUGUCUUCUGAUGAUUUCAUCUUGCUUUGAUUAUGAUUUUAUUUUUCUGCAACAAAAAACAGGUUUGUGCUUUAACAAAAGAAAAGGCUUAUUCCUUACUUGCGUGCACACACACACACACACCUCAAACACACCCCAAACACAAACACAUGCUUGUACGCUGAAUAACUACUUUGCCAGCUUGCUUUUCUUAGUGAAUGGGUCAUUGCUAGACUUGACCAGACCACAUGGGACUUGAAAUGAAGUGUGAUCUGAUGCACUAGUGAGAACAGAAAGAUAGACUCACCUUUGAGACUUAAAACAGGUUCUAAAUAUUUGGUCACUGAUUUUGUAUUUAGUGUUUGUCAACAUUUUAAUUUUAUAACACAAUCCUAGUCCUUUGUCUGGGGAAUGGAUGUCUGGUUGACUACACGGGUCUGUUCAGAAAAAUGCGACGUUACAGGACUUUCAGGUAGAAAUACAUUUUAUAGAACAUGUGACUCCUCUCUGUCCUGUAGGAAAAGGAGUCAUUACAGAUCUAUAUAUUACAUAUUUAUCUGCAAUGUUCGGGAAUGUUUCACCCUACUGAACACAGCCAUGUUCCCGUAAUUCUGCAUGUUGAAUGAGUCAAUGGCUACUGCUGCUUGGUCACUGGACAAUGUAACAUAAAAGAGGCAUGAUGAAUUUAUUCCUUUUAAUACAGAACACAUGCUCAUUAAUACAUUUUUACUAAUAUUGGUUUUGUAAAAUACCAAAUCGUUAUUUGCUAUACAUUCAUGUUAAUGAAAUGUAUUGAUGUGUUAUUAUCACCCCUGGAUACUCAAUGAUUUCAUAUAUGCUAAAUAAAUAUUACACCUGCAGAGUCAUUGUUUCAAUCACGUGAACAAAAGUUAUCAGCAAGUGCUUUUGUAAAUGUUAAGUGACUUCUCGUUUAAUUUAAUGAAAAUAAAUAAACCACACCAAAGCCA